UGCAGUAAGCUCAAGGUAUUUUCAGAGAGGAAACACAAAACUGCUGUUGUUAAAUUAUAUCCAUUUUAUUAGGUUUCUUCCGGGUAGGUUAUGUAGAACUUUGGAAAAUUAAACAUUAGACAUGUUCAUAGGAAAUCAUGUCACUGCUUUUUAAAACCAGCUCAAUUUAACCUGCCUCCAAUUCCCUAACCAGCAAUUCUCUGACUAUAUCCCUGGGGAAAAUAUAUUGAACACAGUGGAAGGUUAAGGCAGCCGAGUACAGUGAGACUAGCAAGCAGCCAAUCGGAUGGCGAGGGUCUAAAGAUCUGAUGCCUCCGGCGAGCAGCGCCAAGCUGGGCUGGUUAGUCUCCUUUUAUUGCGGACGAACACCACAUACAUGUUGUAACGCUCCCUAUGUUGGCAGCAGUCACCAAGCAGACCCCGUAGCUAAGAAGAGAGAGAUAUAUGCCCAAGCAACUCAUUCUGCACAGCAGCCAACAAGACGAUAUUCCUGUGCUGGAAUGUUCUCGUUCAAAGCCAAGUAAUAUGUUGGAAAAUUAGUCAAAGUCACAUUUUAAUGUUAUGCAAAGCUGCUGGGGGCCAUGAAGCAUUUGACACUUGGGUUGGACUUAAUCUUAAACCUCUGGAGUUCAAGACCUUUUAAAAAGGGCUAAAUAAACAAUCUCCACGUGUAAAAGGCCAAUGACUCCUACCUCUCUUCAGAGCAACUGUUGAACCCGGCUGCCUGUAGGAAAACUGAAGACUUUAAUAACAAACCCUCCAAGGUCAAAAUGAACACAGAUAGCGGUGGGUGUGCUCGCAAACGUGCUGCCAUGUCUGUUACAUUAACAUCUGUGAAGAGAGUUCAAAGUUCUCCAAACCUAUUGGCUGCAGGGCGUGAUUCUCAGUCACCAGACUCAGCUUGGAGAGGUUACAAUGAUCGAAAUCAAGAGACACUGAAUGGAGAUGCUACAUAUUCCUCUCUUGCAGCAAAAGGUUUUAGAAGCGUUCGACCAAAUCUACAAGAAAAGAAAUCACCAGUUCAGAGCCAGAUAACGCUGAAUGGAAACUCUGGAGGCACUGUGAGUCCACUGAGUUACUAUCAAAGGCCAUUUUCCCCUUCUGCCUACUCGCUACCAGGCUCACUCAAUUCAAGCAUUAUCAUGCAGCAUGGCCGGUCACUUGAUUCCUCAGAGGCAUACCCCCAGCAUGCACAGUCUCUGGACGGCAGCAUGGGCAGCUCAAUACCACUGUACAGAUCCUCAGAGGAGGAGAAGAGAGUGACAGUUAUCAAAGCACCGCACUACCCGGGGAUCGGGCCAGUGGAUGAAUCCGGAAUCCCCACGGCAAUUAGAACGACAGUUGACAGGCCAAAGGACUGGUACAAGACCAUGUUUAAGCAAAUCCACAUGGUGCACAAGCCGGAUGAUGACACAGACAUGUAUAAUACUCCUUAUACAUAUAAUGCAGGCCUGUACAACUCACCCUACCGUGCUCAGUCACAUCCUGCUGCCAAGACCCAGACCUACAGACCCCUCUCCAAAAGCCACUCCGACAACGGCACUGACGCCUUUAAGGAUGCUUCCUCUCCUGUCCCUCCCCCGCACAUUCCUCCUCCAGUCCCACCACUUCGACCAAGAGAUCGGUCUUCAACAGAAAAGCAUGACUGGGACCCUCCAGACAGAAAAGUGGACACAAGGAGAUUUCGUUCUGAGCCAAGGAGUAUUUUUGAAUAUGAACCUGGGAAGUCAUCCAUUCUGCAGCAUGAAAGACCAGCCUCCUUGUAUCAAUCCUCUAUAGACAGGAGCCUGGAAAGACCCACUAGUUCUGCAAGCAUGGCCAGUGACUUCAGGAAAAGGAGGAAGAGCGAGCCUGCGGUGGGGCAGCCGAGGGGCUUGGGGGAUCCAACUGCAAGCAGAACUAGCCCAGGUCGAGCAGACCUCCCAGGAUCAAGCUCCACCCUGACAAAGUCCUUCAUUAGUUCUUCUCCUUCUUCCCCAUCAAGAGCAAAAGGUGGGGACGAUAGCAAAAUAUGUCCAUCCCUUUGCAGUUACUCAGGGCUCAACGGCAACCCCUCCCAUGAGUUAGAUUACUGUAACACUUACAGACAGCAUUUGGACAUCCCACAUGACUCGCAGAGGGCCAUUACUUUCAAAAAUGGCUGGCAAAUGGCCCGGCAAAACGCAGAGAUCUGGAGCAGCACUGAAGAAACGGUUUCCCCCAAAAUCAAAUCCCGUAGCUGUGAUGACCUUUUAAACGAUGACUGCGAUAGUUUUCCUGAUCCGAAAGCCAAGUCAGAAAGUAUGGGUUCUCUGUUAUGUGAAGAGGACUCCAAGGAGAGCUGCCCCGUAACAUGGGCUUCCCCCUACAUCCAGGAGGGCCGCAGUAAUAGCAGAUCAAGGCUCCGACACAGGUCAGCCCACGAUGCCCCAGGGUUCCUAAAACUGUACAAGAAAAUGCACCGCAUCAACCGCAAGGAUUUAAUGAAUUCAGAGGUGAUUUGCUCUGUAAAGUCAAGAAUAAUGCAGUACGAAAAGGAGCAGCAACACAGGGCUCUGCUCCAUGGAUGCAGCCAGUCCUCCACGGAGGAGGUGCCCAGGGACAUGGUCCCCACCCGCAUUUCUGAAUUUGAAAAGUUGAUUCAGAAGUCAAAAUCCAUGCCAAAUUUAGGAGAUGAAAUGUUAUCUCCUGUAACCCUAGAACCACAACAAAAUGGUUUAUGUCCCCAAAGGCGAUUUUCCAUUGAGUCUUUGCUGGAGGAAGAAAAUCAAAGUAGACACCCUUCUCAGGUACAACGAAGCUACAAGUCUAAAACCCUGGUGCCCAUCCACAUUGAAGUCACCAGUGAUGUGCAGCCCAGAACCCAUCUGGACUUUUCUGAUAGUGACCAGGAUGGAGUCGUGUCUGACCACAGUGAUUACCUUCAUGUAGAAGGAUCGUCCUUUUGCAGUGAGAGUGACUUUGAUCACUUUUCUUUCACAUCCUCUGAAAGUUUUUAUGGAUCCAGCCACCAUCACCACCACCAUCACCACCACCAUCACCGGCACCUCAUCAGCUCCUGCAAAGGCAGAUGCCCUGCCUCCUAUACUCGAUUUACAACAAUGUUAAAACAUGAAAGAGCUAAACAUGAAAAUACUGAAGAGCCCAGAAGACAAGAAAUGGACCCUGGCCUUUCUAAACUGGCAUUUCUAGUCAGUCCCGUGCCUUUUCGGAGGAAAAAAAAUUCAACUCCCAAAAAACAGAUGGAAAAGGCAAAAUGUAAAACAUCUGUAUUUGAGGCUCUGGACUCUGCCCUUAAAGACAUUUGUGACCAAAUUAAGGCUGAAAAGAGAAGGGGAAGUUUGCCAGACAACAGUAUACUGCACCGUCUUAUCAGUGAACUGCUGCCAGAUAUUCCAGAAAGGAAUUCAUCACUCAAAGCUCUAAAAAGGAGCCCCAUGCACCAGCCUUUCCACCCACCAUCUCAAGAAGGUGCUAUUCAUUGUCCAUUGUACCAGAACGAUUGUGGGAGAAUGCCUCACAGUGCCUCCUUCCAAGACGACACCAACAACAACUACCACCACCAAGACCACGACAGUGCACUGGGCCUCCAAGACCGUGAGUCCCCUAGAAGUUACACAUCCACGCUGACCGAUUUGGGGAGAAGUGUACCAAGGGAAAGAAGAGGAACUCCAGAAAAAGAGAAAUUGCCUGCAAAAGCUGUUUACGAUUUUAAGGCUCAGACAUCCAAGGAGCUGUCAUUUAAGAAAGGAGAUACUGUCUACAUCCUCAGGAGAAUUGAUCAAAACUGGUAUGAGGGAGAGCACCACGGGAGAGUGGGCAUUUUCCCAAUCUCAUACGUGGAGAAACUCACACCUCCUGAAAAAGCACAGCCUGCCAGACCGCCUCCCCCUGCCCAGCCUGGAGAAAUCGGAGAAGCUGUAGCCAAAUACAAUUUCAGCGCUGACACAAAUGUGGAGCUAUCGCUGAGAAAGGGAGAUAGAAUUAUUCUUCUUAAAAGAGUUGAUCAAAACUGGUAUGAAGGUAAAAUUCCAGGAACCAACAGACAAGGCAUCUUCCCUGUUUCCUAUGUAGAAGUCAUCAAGAAGAAUACAACCAAAGGUGCUGAGGAUUACCCUGACCCUCCAAUACCCCACAGCUAUUCUAGUGAUAGAAUCCACAGCUUAAGUUCAAAUAAGCCACAGCGUCCUGUGUUUACUCAUGAAAACAUUCAAGGUGGGGGGGAACCGUUUCAGGCUCUGUAUAACUAUACUCCUAGGAAUGAAGACGAGCUGGAGCUCAGAGAAAGUGAUGUCAUUGACGUGAUGGAAAAAUGUGAUGAUGGAUGGUUUGUGGGAACCUCAAGAAGAACCAAAUUCUUUGGUACUUUUCCCGGGAACUAUGUCAAGAGGCUGUGAAUCACUCUCCCCAUUAUUUAUGCUGCAUUUCAGCACCACAUCUGCAUAACCUUGCCUGAAAGAUCUCCACAGGCCUCCUGCUGUUACGCCUUCUGGUUUCCAAUAGAAGUCACCCACCAUCACCAUCUCCAUCUGCCACCAAACCACCAGCAAUGGAACUGCCGCUGCGGUGGGGAGAUUGGAGGAUUUGCUUCGGUGUGAAAGUGCAUAUUCCUGCCGUCUGCUCUAAACUUUGAAAAGUCAAUAUGCGGCAGCAUAAAGAAAAUCAUUAUACUUAAUAACGGUUGAGUAGUUGAGGCAAAAAAGUAAGUGUCUCAAGGAGGCUCUCUUGUCCACUCUGAAAGAUGUUCUCCCCUCAGGCAACCAGAAGCUUGUUUAUUACUCCUUGCUGGGGUUUGCAUUUUCACCUUCUUAGCUUGGCAGUAUAUUUUCCUUUCACGAGUUUGCCUAGUGUCCUGGUUUACACGAUAUGACAACUGUACUUCAGCUAUUGUUUGCCUGCACUUAUAUGUUGUAAUAUGCACAGUGAUUACAGAAUCUAAAGCGAGAGUAGGAAAGUUAAUUCGAAUGAGUGUGAUUUUGUUGAAUUGAAUGUGAGUUUCAAAUAGGAGUCUUCUGCAGGAUUUUUUUUUUUUUUGUACUUUUUAGAAGUGCAAACAAUAAGUGAAUAAAGAGCCUUUGGUAAUAAUCAGGAGAAUAUAAGAGGUUUAGCUAGAUUACAGAAAACGAUUGUGUUGUAAAGUUGCAUUGCUAUUUUAUAUUAAAAUGUAAUAAUCAGCAUCAUGAACAAUGAGCUCUUAGUGUUUUAUUUAUCUGAUAAAAGUUAAAUAAAAGCAGUGUUAGUGAGAGGUGCAAAGAAUCAUUCUAACAUAGACACUUGAAAGCAUCUGUAAGCAAUAUUCAUAGGUAAGAUUUCACUGUGUGUACACAUACACAUUUGAGAUUGUAUGAGAACAGACAAUCCAUAAGAUAUGUUGUACAUUUAUGGAAAUGUAAAAGAAUCUCACAUAUUAUUUUAUAGAAAUAGAGUACUUCAGAAGCAUCACAAGUAUUAAGGCUGGUUUUAGUAAGGAUUAUGAUCAGUACAAUUAUUUUUACUAUGAUAAUUAUUUUUCUUCUCUGGAACUCAGAAUCCUGGCUACAUUUGAGGACAGGAAUAUGUUGAGCCUGAUUUUCCUAGUGUGUGUAAAAUAUUUCCUCAGAAUACAUUAGGCACUUUUUAGAAGCGAUGUUAAAUCAUUCAGGUUAAAUUUUCUGCCCUGCAGUAGAAACCUUGAAGACGAUAUUGGGACCUGAAAGAUUUAAUGUGCUUAACAGUGCCUGAAUUACACAUACCCCGAGAACUAGCUUUGUAUUUCUUAUGACUUUGCAUAAGAACUAUUCAUAUUUGGAUCCUGAGCACCUUAUAGACAAAACUUUUUAUGGCAUUUCUUCUGUGAACAGUGGUUGAUCUUUUCACAAUGCAUGUAGACUCUAGAAUUUUGUACAUAUGUUUGCUCAUUUUUUGUAUGGACUAUUUAGUUGUUGAGAAAACAGGGGAAUUUCCUAAUUUGGUCUUUAUCCUUCCUUUAAACUAAGCUAAAACACUUUCAACAGAUUACCCUUUACAUCUCCCACAAAUCAUCAUUAUGCCUUGACAGUGCAAUUCUGUAAGAUAGCACUUCUGCAAAAGUUUAUGAACAUAAAACAUCUUAGCAGCCAAACUGAAAUGUAUAUAACUACCGAUUAGAGAGGAAUUUCAUUAGAAAGAAGGUAAAGAAACAUCUUUGAGUAGCCUUGAUUACUACCUUGAUUACUGUCAAGUUCACAGCCAGCUUUAUAUUUUAAAGGCUUUGGGUUUGAAAUUAGGUCAACUGCAUGCAGCUUUGCUGAUAAAUGAAUAAUUACCUUUGAUGCCAUUUAUGAGAAAAAAUUCAAUAUCUGUUGCCUGUCAUAUUUAAGAAAAAUUAAUGUUUCUAUUCUCUGUAUCUGAUUUUAAAAGGAAAAAUAUUCAUACCUAGCUUUUAGGUAAUUGACUUUGAAUUCUUACAAGCAAAGGUCAUUGUGUUUUUCUUGAAUAGACAUCUAAUAAAUUUUGCUUGGAAGUAUACUUCAGUUCUUCUUCUUGACAUUUAUCCUUACAUGAAUUGUGUAUUUUAUCCCAAUCGGUUAGAUAAACCUCAGAGGAAAUGCA